AUGGCGUUUACGGUUGGCAUUGAUCUUGGAACUACAUACUCAUGUGUUGCAGUUUGGAGACACAAUGGCGUAGAAAUCAUACUCAACGAACAGGGAAACAGAACUACACCUUCUUGUGUUGCUUUCACCGAUUUCGAACGCUUUAUUGGUGAUGCCGCCAAAAACCAGAUAGCCGUGAAUCCGAUCAAUACCGUUUUUGAUGCCAAGCGGUUUAUUGGAAGGAGAUACAGUGAUGAGACGGUGCAGGCUGACAAGAACUUGUAUCCUUUCAAGAUUGUGGAAGGACUUGGUGACAAGCCAAUGAUCUCGGUUACAUACAAAGGGGAAGAAAAGCGUUUUUCAGCAGAAGAAAUUUCAUCUAUGGUUCUUUCCAAGAUGAAGGAGAUAUCUUCGUCUUAUCUUGGCACAACUGUUGAAAAUGCAGUAAUUACAGUUCCAGCUUAUUUUAAUGAUUGGCAGCGCCAGGCAACAAAAGAUGCUGGCAUGGUUGCUGGGCUAAAUGUUUUACGCAUUAUUAAUGAGCCUACAGCAGCUGCAAUUGCAUAUGGUUUGGUGAACAAAGAUGAUAUAUCGACUCAGGAGAUAAAUGUUGUUAUCUUUGAUUUGGGUGGGGGUACAUUUGAUGUGUCUCUUGUAACUAUUUCCGAUGGUGUAUUUGAGGUCAAAGCCACGGCUGGUGACAGUCGUUUGGGUGGUGAGGACUUCGAUAAUGCACUAGUGACCCACUUUGUUGAGUUGUUCAAGAGGAAACACAAGAAGGACUUGAAUCAAAAUCCCAAGGCAUUAGGGAGAUUGAGGAUUGCUUGUGAGAGAGCAAAGAGGAUUCUUUCAUCAACUACUCGGACAUCUAUUAAUAUUGAUUGCUUGUAUGAUGCUCAUGAUUUUUCGAGCGUGAUCACUCGGGCGAAAUUUGAAGAGAUAAAUAUGAAUUUUUUCAAAAAGUGUGUAACAACUGCAGGUAAGUGUUUGAGUGAUGCAAACAUGGAUAAGAAGAAUGUCGAUAAAGUGGUUCUUGUUGGUGGCUCCACUAGGAUUCCUAAAAUACAACAAAUGUUGCAAGAUUUCUUUGAUGGGGUCGAGCUAUGCAAGAGCAUCAAUGCGGAUGAAGCUGUUGCGUAUGGUGCAGCUGUUCUUGGAGCCAAGUUGAGUGGCGAGGGUGACGAAACAGUGCUAGAUCUGCAGUUGUUGGAUGUGACUCCUCUCUCACUUGGUAUUCAAACGCGUGGUAAAAUCAUGACUGUUCUGAUUCCAAGGAACACUCCAAUACCCACAAAGAUAGAAAAGGUUUUUUCAACCUCAUCCGACAACCAAACUUCUGUUUUGGUUCGAGUAUAUCAGGGUGAGAGGACAAGGUGUAAGGACAACUGUUUACUUGGUCAGUUUAAGCUUUGUGACAUACCAAUGGCUCCAAAGUUUAAAUCCCUCGUUAAUGUUUGCUUUGACAUUGAUGCCAAUGGUAUCUUGAGCGUGUCAGCUCGUGAAAUGGCAAGUGGUCAGAGUAACAAGAUUGCAAUCAUCAAUGAUAGAAGUUUGUCAAAAGAGGAAAUUGAAAAGAUGGUGAAAGAUGCUGAGAAAUUUCGAGUUGAAGACCAAGAGCAUGCAAAGAAGGUAGAUGCCUACAUUGGUUUGCAGCAAUAUGCUUACUGCAUGAAAAACAAAAUCAAGGGUCCAUCGGUGAUUUCUAGGCUGCAGUAUCAAGACUUGAAGAAAUUGGAGAGUUCGAUUGACCUGGCUAUUAUUUGGCUUGAUGCAAAUCCUGAUGCUGAGUUCCUAGAGCUUGUAAAGCUGAAAGAUCUUUUGGAAACUGUAUUCAACCCCUUCAUUGGUCAGUUAUAUGAGUAG